GGCCUAAGGCUCGGGGGCCGGCGGCGGCGGCAGCAGGGAGCUGGGAAGCGAGAAGCCGGGAGCGCGGGGGCUCAGUCGGGGGGCGGCGGCGGCGGCGGCUCCGGGGAUGGCGGCGGCUCCGCUGCUGCUGCUGCUGCUGCUCGUGCCCGUGCCGCUGCUGCCGCUGCUGGCCCAGGGGCCCGGGGGGGCGCUAGGAAACCGGCAUGCGGUGUACUGGAACAGCUCCAACCAGCACCUGCGGCGAGAGGGCUACACGGUGCAGGUGAACGUGAACGAUUAUCUGGAUAUUUACUGCCCGCACUACAACAGCUCAGGGGUGGGCCCCGGGGCGGGGCCAGGGCCCGGAGGCGGGGCGGAGCAGUACGUGCUGUAUAUGGUGAGCCGGGACGGCUACCGCACCUGCAACGCCAGCCAAGGCUCCAAGCGCUGGGAGUGCAACCGACCGCACGCCCCCCACAGCCCCAUCAAGUUCUCGGAGAAGUUCCAGCGCUACAGCGCCUUCUCUCUGGGCUACGAGUUCCACGCCGGCCACGAGUACUACUACAUCUCCACGCCUACCCACAACCUGCACUGGAAGUGUCUGAGGAUGAAGGUGUUCGUCUGCUGCGCCUCCACAUCGCACUCCGGGGAGAAGCCGGUCCCCACUCUCCCCCAGUUCACCAUGGGCCCCAAUGUGAAGAUCAACGUGCUGGAAGACUUUGAGGGAGAGAACCCCCAGGUGCCCAAGCUUGAGAAGAGCAUCAGCGGUACCAGCCCCAAGCGGGAACAUCUGCCCCUGGCGGUGGGCAUCGCCUUCUUCCUGAUGACACUCUUGGCCUCCUAGCUCUGCCCCCUCCCUUGGAGGGGAGAGAUGGGACGGGGCUGGGACAGAGCAGGGAGCCUUUGGCCUCUCCAGGGAAGCCUAGCCGUGGGGCCUAGACCCCUCCUCCGAUGGCUGGAAGUGGGGUCUGCACCAUACAUCUGUGCUCACCCCUUCUGUCCCCUCCCCACCAAGUAGGGCACUGUAGUGGGCCAGGCACAGGCACAGCCAUGGGUCCCAAGUGGCCUUGUGGCUCUGAUAAUGUUUGGUACCAAACCCGGGAGCUGUGAAGGGCAGUGCUCAGGACUCCCUGCCCCCUGGUACCUUUCUGUGACCCCUGGUGCCCUCCCCUUUGUCCCCCCCCCAAGAGGCAAAUGUGCCCCAGAGAGAGCAAAUCGAAGUGUGGGAGACACCCCCAGUCACUCUCUUCCAGGGCCAGAACACCGGGAGGGGACUAGAUGGGUGAGGGGGUGGCUCCGCCGGCUGCCCCUCCCCUGUUUACAGCAAUAAGCACGUCCUCCUCCCACUCCCACUCCCAGGACUGUGGUUUGGAUUGAAUCCAAGUUUACAAGCAGACACCGCUGUGGGGGCCGCCGACAGUGGACAAGGGUGACAAGGGGUGGGCAUUGGGGUGCCAGGCAGGCAUGUACAGACUCUAUAUCUCUAUAUAUAAUGUACAGACGGACAGAAUCCCUCCCCCUCCUUAACCCCCUGACCUUCCUUGACUUCCCCCUCCAGCUUCAGACCCCUUCCCCACCAGGCUAGGCCCCCCCCCCAUGGGGGACCCCCUGGCCCCUCUUUUGUCUUCUGUGAAGACAGGACCUAUGCAACGCACAGACACUUUUGGAGACCGUGAGACAACAAUGCCCCCUCCCCUCCAGCCCUGAGCCAGGACCCAGCUCCCAGGACCUUGCCCUGCCCAUCCUCUGUGGUCCCCACCCAUCCUCCUGGGCCUUUUUCAAGUGCUUUGGCUGUGACUUUCAUACUCUGCUCUUAGUCUAAAAAAAAUAAACUGGAGAUAAAAAUAA